GGGAGUAAUGUCCCCUUUGAGCACAAGUCAGAGCUUGUCACUUUCACUUUCCAUUUGACUCAGUUUAAUGUAGUUCAAGCCCUGGGAGAUAACGAGUAUUAUACAGGAGGGAGAAGUCGGUGGAAGACUUAAAGAGAGAAGUACGAGAGAGAGUUGGGGAGCCUGGUGAGAGAGAGACCACUGGAUGGACAACCGGAUAGAACAAGACUAGAGAAGUAAAAGAAUUCAAGCCGAGUCUGUAAAGAUUCAUUCACCAGCACAACGAAUAACGAAGAGAAAGUAAAUUCAGAACAUUUAAGUCAACACAAAACAUUCAAGUCAAGCUCAAUCCCUAUGACCCCUCCCCUUCUGUGACAUCAUUGACAAGAUAAACAUGGCCCCUAUCCCAAAGCUGAACCAACCCAUCUGUCUAAUUGAGAAUGAACCAGGCAAAAAGAUUUGUUUGAAUCAAGAAGCCAAGCAAAUCCUGGAGAAGAUCUCUCAGCCAUUGGUAGUGGUGUCUAUUGUUGGACCAUAUCGCUCAGGGAAGUCUUAUCUGAUGAAUAAGUUGGCCGGAGUGAAAACAGGUGGUUUCCCUUUGGGACACACGGUCCAGGCUAAAACAAAGGGCAUCUGGAUGUGGUGUGUCCCUCACCCUGAUAAAUCAGCACGCACCUUGGUUUUAUUGGACACAGAAGGACUUGGGGAUGUCCACAAGGGUGAUAAAAGGAACGACAGUGCUAUCCUCUCACUCACAUUGCUGCUGAGCAGUGCGCUUGUGUAUAACAGCAUAGGAACCAUAGAUGAAGAUGCUGUGAAAACAUUGUAUGACACAUCUGAACUAAGUGAGUGUAUCAUGAGUAGAUCUUCAUUUGAAGAGGGGGACUUGGUGGAUUCUCCAUUUACACCCCUUUUUGUUUGGGCUGUGAGAAAUUUCAGUCUCAAGAUGGUGCUGGAAGGUCGGGCAGCCACUGCAGAUGAGUACUUGGAAAACAGCCUUAAAGAGAUCUCCUCUGUAACGACCCCAGUAGCAGAAAGAAGAAACUUUUUCAGGACAACCCUCAGGACAAGGUUCCCUGUCCGUAAAUGUUUCACUUUUGAAGUUCCUUCUACAGACAAUGAUAAAAUUUGUAAUCUGGAAAAUGUCCCUGAGAAGCAGUUAUCUCCGGAAUUUGUGGAGAUGAUGGAAACGUUUUGUCAGUAUAUCUACAAGAAAGCUGAGGCCAAGAUGCUAGAAGGAGGUCAAGUGGUCACUGGAUGCAUUCUUGGGCAGUUGGCCAACUCUUACAUCAAAGCGGUGACCACAAAAUGUAUAGCUUCUUUGGAGCAUUCCAUCACUAAGAUCUUUUUGGAUGAGAAUAAUUCUAUAAUAAAAUCUUCCACUGAGCUCUAUAAAGGGAAAAUUAUGUCCAGGAGCUUUGACACAUUACAGGAAUUCCAGACGUUCCACGAAUCUUGUCUAAAUGAAGCUCUCACGCAUUUUAAAGAGAAGUAUUUUAAGUACAGAACUGUUCAAGAUCAGUCUGAACAUCAACUUAUGGAGACUAUAGAGAAACAAAAAGAGGAAGUUUGGAAAACAUUAGAAGUUUCCUCUGAGAAGAAAUGCAGAAAAAUCCUCGACCGCCUCUUUGAGCCAAUAAUUAAAGCUCAGGAGCAAAACAAAUACCACGUUGCUGGAGGGCAUAACAUAUUUGUUAAGGCCAGAGAUGAAAUAGUGAAGAAAUUUCAUGUGGAACCUGGCAAAGGUGUUAAGGCGGAAUCUGUUCUACAAGAUUUUUUAAAAAAGAAUUUAGAACCAAUGGAGACAAUAAUUUGCCAGACUGACAAUAACUUAUCAGAGAAGAUACAGCCUCCCCUGAAAGUUCAUGAUCCCUCUGAUCCUACACAACUCACCAAUUACAUCAAGGGUUACAAACUGAAGUAUCAACCCUACCACCGUAUACUCAUUCAGCUCUUUGGCUUUGCCGGGCAUGGAAAGUCCUCAUUUGUAAACUCCUGUAUGUUUGCGUUAGGAGGUGGACAUUUUAAUGACGUUGCUGGUGAAGGUUCCUCUUAUGGAGCAAAGACCACAGACAGAAUUGGACACAAACUAACAGACUGCAUUACAAUAGUGGACAAUCGAGGUUUUGGAAAGAUGGACAGCUCGGAGGCGUGGCACAUUUAUGCUCAGCUUUGUAACAUUGUGCCGCUGAACCAGAUUGUAGUGUGGAAUACAUCUUCUACAGAAAAGAUGCAGCAGUUAAUCCAAGCUGUGUCUGCACCUGACCUUAUUGUGCCUGUGUUCGUAUGCAGCUCCAGUUAUUCUUGUGAUAAGGCAAAUUCGGAACUAAUCAAAACAUUCCUAAAAAACGCUCAAUUUUUAACAGAGAUACUGCCCUUCAUCAUUUUAACAAAGAAGAACUCUGGCAAAGACCAGACAGAGACAUUCAAGCAGAUGGGGAUGGAGCAGAUCUACCGUCUGGAAAACUACAUUCUGACCAAUAAGAUGGCCACACGAGGGAAUCACAUGCCAUUCCUGACCUUUCUCAAGGACGUUUUAGACUGGGUUGAUUAUAUUUAUAGGCGCUCAGUAAAUUUUGAAGAGCAACAACUUAAGAGGAAGACGUUCCUUAUUAAAAAUAUGACAUAGAACUAUGAAUGUUUUCCAUUUAACAGGACACUGAAUUUAAAAAUUUAAAAAUUGUCAUGAAAUGCUGGGGCCACAUACUGUGUCUGUGCCAAAAUGCUGGGGGCCACAUGCUGUAUCUGUGCCAAAAUGCUGGGGGCCAUGCAUUUUUCCUGUCAUGAAAUAUUGGGGGGCACACACUCUGAAGUACCGGGGGACUACAUAUUCUGCCUAUUAUUAAAUGCUGGGGGCACACACUCAGUUAUUAAAUGCUGGGGGCACACACUCUGUUAUUAAAUGCUGGGGGGAACACACUCUGUUAUUAAAUGCUGGGGGCACACACUCUGUCUUGAAAUGUUUAGGGGCACCACACACCAUGUACAUGAGCACACUCCAUUGAGGGUAGAAACCAUGGUGAUUUGCACUGACACUUUGCAGCACCACAGUAAAUAAACUCCUAUGGCUGUUCAAGUUUUCUAGUGACACAGCAGCAGAGCCACCUUCUAUUACUCAUUUACUUCUCUUGACUGUUAAUAGGGUUAUGAAUAAAUAAAGAAAUUGAUCAUUUGGUUUAAUAAACAAGAGUUACCCAUUUAAUGGAA